AUGAGAUCUGUCAAAAUGAGUAAGCCAUCAGUUCUCGUCAUUGGCGGAGGCGUCUUUGGAACCUCAACAGCCUACCACCUUGCCCGACGUGGCUACACCAACGUCACUGUAGUAGACCGUUUCGCAGCUCCAUCAAGAGACUCAGCAGGCACAGACUUGAACAAGGUCAUCCGUGCCGACUACCCCAACCCACACUAUGCAAAGCUCGGUCUUGAGACUCUCAACGUCUGGAAAGACCCAGAGUCACUUUUCAAAGGUUUGUAUCAUGAAACAGGCUGGAUCAUGGGUGGUCAUCCAGAGACCAACCAGUGGCUUGAGAAUGCAAAGGUUCUGGCCGACAAGACAGGACGAGAGGGAGUCGAGUACCUCUCCAAAGAAGAAAUGAAAGAUAAGUGGCCUGCUUUAACAGGGGAAUUUCCGGGAUGGACAAAUUUGUUUAGUCCUCAAGCUGGCUGGGUCCCCUCAGGUCAAGCUCUGCUCCGCAUGGCCAAAGCUGCAGAAGCAUUGGGCGUCAGAUACAUCACUGGUGUUUCUGGCCAGAUCAAGGCUCUCGUGUACGAUGAAAACAAGACUUGCAAGGGCGCCAUCGCAGCCAACGGCCAGUAUCACUCUGCCGACAAGAUCAUCGUUUCCGCGGGUGCAAGUCUUCCAGCUCUCAUCAGAGGUGCCAGAACCGAUGUCAGAGCAGAAACGUCUGUUAUCUGCGUCAUCAAACUUGAGCCUGAUGAGAUUGAAAAGUACAAGGACAUUCCCAUUAUUGAUGACUUUGAGCAGGGCAAUGUAAGACUUGUGACCAACUACGAGGACCAUGAACACGCUGGUGCUUCUGUCCUGCACUCUAUCGGCGACUACCCCUUUGAUGGAUGUCCUCAGGAGCUUGAAGUGGAGAUUAGACAGUUUGUGAAAGACAUGAUGCCAGAACUUGCGGAUCGACCUUUUGUUCACACGCGAAUGUGCUGGGAUGGCAUGGCUACAGAUCUUAACUUCCGAAUCUGCCCGUAUCCGGAAACCGAGAAUCUCAUCAUCGCCACGGCCGGUUCGAACCACGGUUUCAAGUUCCUACCCAUCAUUGGUAGUUACGUGGCCGAUCUUCUCGAGAACAGACUCGACCCUGGACUCAAAGAUCUCUGGAGUUGGAAAUUCGGAGAGAAGCCGGUUGAUUUUCAGGACCCUCACCCGUAUCCCCGAAGGGACUUGUCUGAGCUCACGGGUUGGAAAGGAAGAAAUGCCCCCGCUGGUGGAAAGCUGCCUUGGACGUGGAGCCGCAGUUGUAUCUGA